UGUUUUGUUUUCGAACAAAGUUGUUGCAAAUUUUCUUUUGUCCUCGUUCAUUUCGUUUUUGGCAGUUCGCGGUGUCGCAGCCAACCGAAAAUCGAUCCGAAAAGUGGGUUGAUGAAAAACCUAAAGGCAUGUCAUAGAGCCCACAAUAUGUUUGAAGUCAUAUUUUCGAUGAGAAUUAGAUCUAAAAUGAAGAUGCAAUUCAUCUCUUGCAUCAUCAUAACUCUUUUACUGACAACAAUUGUACAAGUACAAGGAACAAAAAUCUAUGAAGCUAAUACAUGUACUCCUGUUUGUUGGACUGAUUUUAUACAACGAAAUGAUGCCCCCCUGAUGCUUCAAGAGAUGAUUCAAACAAUUUCAACCUACGGACCCGAGUCACCGCAAAUGGCGAUGCUCCUACAAACAUUAAUCACUGAAACUGAAACUAUACGAAAUGAACCUAAUGUAGUUAUGGAUACAGAAGUGGUUGAGAUUGUUGAAACAGUCGAAGAAAUUGUUCCUUUGCCUGUACUGGGAAAUGAGAAUGUAAUAGAAACUACUACAGUCGUCAUCACGGAUAGAGCACCUCUACUAGAACCUAUAAUUUUCCAACCACCGCCCUUGAACCCCGAAUUAAUUGAAGCAGCACCAGUAUACAUUGAAGAAUUGAUCACCAAUCAAGAAUUGGAGUGCGAUAUACCACCAGCACAAUUGAACGAUUUUUUGAGCAAGGUUUUUACACUAUCAGACACCACAUUCUUCGAAAUUCCAUUGACCGGCUCUUCAUUCAUGUCUCUUUCUUCAUCUUCGUCCUCAGAAGAGGAGCUGAUAACAGAGAUGGUUGUCAACAGAAAGCAAACUACGAUUACGAAGAACAGAAUUGUUCUGAAGAAGAAAAUACUGAGAUACCUGAAGCAAGUUAUUGAACAGAAAGCUCUUCCUACAGAAAUGAUGGAUAAACUAGUCGAUUAUAUUGAUUACUUGAGUCAAGAUGUUAUUGAUCAAAAAGAUGAAAUUAUUGAAACCAUUUACGAGCAGGACAUAUCACAAAUAGUAAUCCAAGAACCAGUCGUGGAUCCCUCUUACCUCGAUAUGCAUUUCACAGAGGUAUCAGUACAGAACUAUGUCACUGGACUUCUAUCCAAUCCAAAUUUGGUCUCAGACUUACCACAAGAUGAGCUCGCUUUCAUUAUGAAUCAGGUUCUAUCAGGAUCCGAUACAGCAUUUCUAGAUACAUUACCACUGGUUGAUACUGUUACAUAUGAGACUGAAGUUACGGACAUUGAAAGUUUUAUUCCAGAAGAGGACAUCAUUGUUGAAACUGAAGAAAUCGACAUAACUGUGACAAGGCCUGUUGUGGUUGAUUAUUUGCAGCAAAUUAUCAACAAAGGAACACUACCAAUAGACUUGAUCAAUAGACUUUAUGGUUACGUGGAGUUUAUGACUAAAGGAGAUCCCUCUGCUGUGAACCAUGACUCAUUUGUACCUCUUGCCCUUGAUGCUGACAUUUUGGUAAUGCUGCCGUCCUAUAUUGAUGAGAUAGUAUCUGACCCUCUACUGAUGCCUUCCAUCCCAACCGAUGAACGUAGAAUGGUUCUGAAUCAGAUAUUUACUGGUACAGACCUAUCGUUCUACGAGGCUCUUCCUGAGUCAAUAACUACAUCAACAACUAUUACAACUUAUGAGGUCUUAGAGAAUAGCGAUCCUGUGAUACAAGAUGUCAGGAUUGUUAAGAAAAAAAAGCAACGCAAGAGCAAGAAAUCAAAAUUCUCCAAGAAACGUAUCAUCAAGUAUCUGCAACAAGUUAUUGAAAAGAAAGCACUGCCGUCAGAGAUGCUUACUAGACUGAGUGACUACUUGGAUUUUAUACAUGAAGAUGGUCAAUACACAAGAACUAUUACAGAAACUGUCACCGAAGAAACAAUCGAAGAAAAACCGAAAGGAAAAUUCUCGCUGGCCAUCACAGGUAUAGACGCAGUCGACAUUGUGAAGCCGGUCGGAAAAUCCCUCGACAAGUUGACCUUGAAACUUAACGGAGGCGGCAUGAAAGGUCUCAUAGAAAAGUUGGGAAGUUUCAGCGAUAGCUCCGAGGAAACAAAAAUAGCGUCGACUCCAGAUUUCAAGUUCUCAUUCCCGUUCGACGAGAGCUACUUGAGUAGCAUGUACCCCAACGUGGAUUUCCAAGGAAUGGUCACCAAGUAUCUCGCGGGAGAGAAAGAAAUUGAGAACGAACUCUUUGAAACCCCUCUGGCUGAGCUGGAUUUGGAGGAGAAGAAAAUAGCUGAAAAUGCUGAAAUCCUUCACGAUAACUGGAUGGAUGUUGUGGGUGAGCUGGGUUUGUUGAUGAAGUCUGAGAAAGAUAUUGAUGGUGUUGAUCAGUUGACGACGAUUUUGAAAGAUUUGCAAGCCUACGUUCCUCAACAGAGCAUCAAUGCGGCCGACAAUCUAUCUAUGAAGAAGAUUAAAAAAAUCCUACAAAAUUUGAGCGAUUUUGUCACCGGGCAUCCUAGUUUGAAGAAUGUGAAAAAGUAUGGGGACAUUGUGAAAGGUUUGAAAACUAACUUGAAGUUUUCAGAAAAGUUUUUCAAGAAGGUAAAAUCAAUUUCAAUAAAGAGGAGUAGUAUCAGGAAAAUUGUGAACAAGAAAAAAUACUCAACAGUGAUGGAAAAGGUUCAGGAGAAACUGAAAUCCAUUCCUGAAAUCUUGAAACAGGAGUCUAGUGUGAUCGGGAAUGUUUUUUCGAGAAUUAUGAAUGAUUUGGAGAAUUUUAUGGCUUGGAAACCGAGUGACGUCAUCCAGGACAGCUAUACUAAACUUUUGUCUCGUAUGCACGAUUUUAUGAAUGAAGUUACUACGGGUGACGUAGAUAUUGAUAGUUACAAUGGGGAACUUAUGAAUGAAAUUGAAUUGUACAUGAAAGAAGAGGUGAACCCUAGAAAUCUGGCCUCUUACUUAGUUGUUGAUCCUGAACAAUCCACUUCUACUACAUAUUUAGAGAGUUUGGAAGUUAUUCCUGAGUUUAUUGUUGAAGAAGGGUUCAACGUAGAGUUUAUUGAUGAGGUUGAAACUUGUAGCAGGUUGAUUUCAGAGUUGGAGGCUCUGAUAGAAUCAAGGACAACAUCAGUGUACUCGUUUAAAUACAAGAAAAUAAUCACAAAACUAACAAAAUACAUACAAAACUUGAAACAGUAUGGAGUCAAUGCUGUAUGCCCGGAAGAGUACCAACUAGCACUACAGGAUUUGGAGAAAUAUAUCGUUAAUGAUCCGACAAUUGUAACUCCAGACCGUUAUUUGAAACUCAUAUCCAACAUCAACUACAACAUAGAUAUGAUCAGUUAUGAUACGGUGGAUGUGAACCCUUUCAUUGAAAGAUCUGUGGAUUUUUUGGAGAGUUUCUUUGAAGCAAACCCAACAAUUGUGAAAAAUGAGGUAAGUGUGAAGAUUAUAAAAAUUCGGAAAUUUAUGAGGAGUAUAAAAAGGUUCGGUAUACGUUCGGUGAAUGUUAAACAGUACAGUGAAAUUAUACAGGAAUUGGUUGGUGAUAUUACUCAGAACGAAAGUUAUGUGGAGGAUACUUCGGAAGUGACAUACUUUCUGAACCAAAUUUCAGAUUACAUCGAAACUCCCAACUAUGUCAUUCACAGUGUUGAUCCAAACUUCGUGAAAUUGAUCUCAGAUGUUGAAUAUUUUCUAACUACCAAUACAGAAAUAAAAAUAUCCAAAUACACUAAGUACAUUACGACUUUGUAUAAGUUUGUACAUGAGGUCGAAAGGUUUGGUUUGGAAACAGUGGAUCUUGGUUUGUACAAAAUUGAAGUAGAAGAAUUUAUCAAUGAAAUUCGUGAGGAUAUUUUGAUUCCAGAUGAAAACUCUCAAAUCUUUGUUUUUCUUAUCAACGAAAUUAAUGAACAAAUCGAGAAUCCAUUGAUGGGUACUCAUGAGAUUGAUCCAUUCAUUGAGAAAUCUAUCACCGAGAUCGAUAGUUUCAUACACCAAAAAGAUGUUACAAAAGUUUUGAAAUACUAUAAACAUGUUUUUAAAUUGAGAAAAUAUGUGACAAGUGUUAAGAAAUUUGGGAUACAAGCGGUGGAACAUGAAGAUUAUUAUGAAAUGUUGAAUGGUUUUGUUGAGGAGGUGAAAGAAGAUGAAGUAUUCGAAAAUCCUGAGGUUUUUGAAAAUCUAGUCUCAGAAACAUCAUCAUUCAUUGUGGAUACAUCCUACGGACUUCACGAAGUAGACCCCUUCAUCUCGAGGUCGAUUUCAACUCUUGAAAGCUAUUUCCUCUCCGAACCUAGAGCUGACUUCUCUAAAUACUCAGCCCACAUCACGAAAAUAUACAAAUACAUCUCUGAAGUGAAACGGUUUGGCAUGGAAGCUGUAGAUACCGAGGGUUAUAUCAGUAUUUUGGAAGAGAUCAAUCAAGAAAUAUUUAACGAUAUGAGUAUUGAUGACAUUGAUAAAUACACACAUAUCAUAGGACAAGUUACGGGAUAUUUGAAGGAGAGUUCAAAGAUUGAAAGUUUGAAAUCUGUAGACCCCUUCAUUGAGAGAUCUAUUAACAUGUUGGAGAGUCUGAUAGAAUCUGAUGCUAAAAUCCUACACACUACCCGUUACAAAAAGAUAAUUACAAAGAUUUACAAGUAUAUUUCUGAUGUAAGGGUUUACGGAAUUGAGUCUGUGGAUUUGAACAGCUACCAAACAGUUUUGAAUCAGUUUGUACAAUAUGUAUCAUCUGAUCCCAGUAUUGAAAACAGUGAACAAUAUACAGGACUUGUGAAUGAAAUCUCAGAUUAUAUUCUAGACACCAGUUACGGUACUUACGAGUUUGAUCCUUUUGUUGAGAAGUCCAUUGUAGAGUUGGAAAACUAUCUGCAAGUGAGUUCUACUGUUGUUUACAAGAAAAAGUAUUCGAAAAUUAUCAGGAAACUGUACAAACAUGUAUCAAAUGUGAAAAGAUACGGAAGUAGUUCUGUUGAUACGGAAGAUUAUCAGCGUAUCAUUGCUGAGUUACAAGCUGAGAUAGCGUUGGAUGAGAAUAUUGAGCAAGAUUGUGCUGAAUAUUUGGGGUUAGUGGAGGAAAUCUCAGAGUUAUCCCAGGAUAAACAAGUGUUUGAGUAUGUGCCAGUGGAUCCCUUCAUUGAAAGAGCCAUAGUUGAGUUGGAAAAGUAUUUGCAGACUAGUUCGGGAGUGGCUUACACCACAAAAUACUCUAUCCAUAUUACAAAAAUGUACAAAUAUAUUUCAGAUUGGAGACGUUUUGGGGUUACAGAAAUAGACCACGAAUACUACAUGAAAACCUUGUCAGAACUCAUGGAAAGUGUGCAUGAAGAUUUGGAUAGUGAUACUUCGAAAACAUGCAUAGAUUUGAUUCUACAAGUGGCAGAUUACUUUGACACCCCUACCUAUGUUUCACAUGACUUGGACUCCUAUAAAAUACUGGUUUCUGAUUUUGAAAAUUAUCUCACUACUGAUCCACAAAUUGAGAACGGUGUAAUUUUGAACCCUAUUUCAAAAUUGAACACCUAUGUAACUGAGGUGAAAACAUUUGGAAAAAGUUCUGUACCAGUUGAAAAUUACCGAAGUGUACUAACAGACUUGGAGAAACAGGUCAUCAACAAUUUGGAUGUUGAAACCCAAAAACCAUACAUCGAUUUGAUAUCUCAGAUUUCUGUACACUUCGAAGAUACUACAGUUACUUGUGUGGAAGAUAAUCUUGAUCCUUAUAAGAUGGUUGUAACUGAGCUGGAGAUUACUCUACGCUCAGAUCCUAGGAUUCAAUACACUACUAGUAUCUCCCUACUAGUCACUAAGCUUCAUAAAUAUAUUUCCGAUGUGAAAAGGUACGGGUUAGGUUCAGUUGAUACUGGACACUACGUUGAAGUGAUCACUGAACUCUCUAAUGAAUUGUUCCCUCUACUUGAUGGAGGAGACCUCGAGAUCUAUACAGAAAUCUUCAAUCAAAUCUACAGCUAUUUCGGGACUCCUAGUUACGUCUCGUACGAUCUGGAUGAAUACAGCACCUUGGUUACAAAUUUGGACAACUUUUUCCAACAGGAAGCCAAAAUUGUUUACACUAAGAAAACUACAACACUGAUCAAAAAAUUGUACAAAUAUACGUCAGUUGUGAAAAAAUAUGGUCUGGGUGCCGUAGAUGUGGAUAGUUAUAGAGUGCUGAUAAAUGAACUUCAAAACGAGGUUUCAAAUUUGGAUCCUACAGUGGAUACCUCAAAAUUCACAGAGCUCACUUCGGAAAUUAUCACGUAUUUUGAACCAACAACUGUUGAGCCACAAGAGCUGAACAGUUACAAAACUUUAAUAUCAAAUUUUGAAACCGUAUUCCAAGCUAGCACUAGCAACCUAUCACCAAAAUUCACCCUACUCUUGAAAAAACUUCAUAAAUAUACUUCAGAUAUUGAGCGUUAUGGAAUCAAUGCAGUCGAUGUAGCCUAUUAUCAGAGUAUUUUAUCUGAAUUGGAUUCGGAGAUAACUAAAGAUACCACUUUGGUAGAUUGUGACAUUUUGAAAGAUUACAUCACACAAAUACAGCAAGUUUAUGAUCCCAAUGAUGGAGAAACUAAUGAGAUAGGUCUCUAUAGAAUGCUGGUUUCGGAAUUGGAAACUGUAUUGGGUCAUUCAAAAAAAUCCACAGAAUAUACAACUAUUUUGAAAAAGUUAACAAAGUAUAUUUCAGAUGUGAAACGUUUCGGAGUUGUUAGUUUAGAUAAUGAACAUUAUGCUCGUUUGGUACAACAAUUAAACAAUCUAAUCAUCUCAGAUGAAGCAAUUGAUGUAGAAGUUACCACAGAUUUAGUGAAACAACUGGAAGGAUAUUUUGUUACACCAGAUUAUGUAUCAAUAGAUUUUGAACCCUAUUGUAACCUAGUUACAGAGUUGGAAAAUGUAUUUGCUGGUGACACUAGUGUAGUUUAUGCUACAAAGUAUUCGUUGAAAAUUACAAAACUGAAAAAGUUUGUCAAAAGAAUCAAGAAGUAUGGAGUGAAAGCUGUGGAUAUGACUCAGUAUAAACAGCUGCUUACAAGUUUGACUGAUGAGAUAAUAACAGACCCUGAAAUUGAAUCCACCAGCGAAUACACUAGUAUGAUUUCACAGAUCUCUACCUACUUCGAUCCACCUCCUACAACGAAUAUAGUAAACACUGUAGAUCCAUUCCAAGAACUAGUCUCAGAUUUGGAAACCUACAUCAAACAAGAACCAAAACUCACAAAAUCAUCAAAGAUUUCAAUUCUGAUACAAAAGUUGUUCAAAUAUUCAGCAGAUGUGAAAAGUUUUGGACCGACCGCUGUGGAUCUCCAAUAUUACCAGGAUAUAGUGACACAGUUCAAUAAAGAGUUGGAACUGGAGACACAUUUAGAUGACAAGGAACAAUAUCAAGAUAUGAUAUCACAAAUAUCUGAUUACUUUGGAGUACCAACCUAUGUUACCUAUAACUCAGACCCCUAUUCCUCAGUUAUCUCUGAAAUUGAAACCUAUGUGAAACAGUUACCGUCUCAUGAAAUAUAUUUGGAACCGUUAACAAAACUACAAAAAUACUCUUCAGAUGUGGUAGCUUACGGAAAAAAUAAUAUCGAUAACAAUUAUUAUCAGUUACUUGUGACACAGAUGUGGAGCACUUUGACGGCUGACCCACAAAUUCAAAAUUUAGAGAUUUUUGAGGACCUUAUUUCGGAAAUUUCUGAUUAUUUUGAUACCUCUUGUCAUGUUGAAUUCAAUUUGGAUCCUUACAAACAAGCUGUAACGGAGUUGGAGACGUAUAUGCAAAAAACCACAAUAAAAACUACUACUAAAAAAACAUCUAUCAAACGUACUACAUUGAUUAAGAAACUAUAUAGAUAUAUAAACGAUGUAGACACGUAUGGUAUAGAGUCAGUGGACCCAGAUCAUUAUAAUACAAUACUUCACGAACUUGAAGAGGACUUGGGACUUGAUGAAGUUGUGGAUGAAGGCUACACGAACUUGAUUUCACAGAUCUCCGAGUACUUUGUCACACCAUCUUAUGUAAACUACGAUUUACAACCGUACACCGACGUAAUUACAAAACUUGAGGCAUAUUUAAGCACAGGAUCCAACGAUUUAUAUGUUAAAAAAUAUUCUGCUCAUUUGGAGAAAUUGUCAAUAUUUACCACAGAAGCUAAGAAGUAUGGUAUAGGUGUGGUAGACACUAACGCCUACUCGUUCACUUUGUCUCAACUUCAGAAUGAGUUGGAGAAUGAUGGAGUUUUCCCAGAUUCAACCAUCUAUGAAGGGUUUAUCAAUGAGUUGUCCAGUUAUUUCGAGACAGAUCAGAAUUUGAGUAAUCUAGACCAAUAUACCAGUUUGAUAAAUGAGAUUGAAGACCGGUUUCAAACUGGUCACACUGUUCUGUUCACGAAAAAAUACUCUAAAUAUGUAAGGAAAUUGCGGAAAUAUGUGGUGGAUGUCAGAAAAUACGGUAUUAAAUAUGUCGAUCCCAAAUAUUUCAACACAGUUCUAGAAGAAAUGAUGACAGAAGUCUCAGCCGACCCUGAAAUCGAGGAUGUAGUCUGGUAUGAGAACAAUGUGUCUCAACUCAAUGAACUGUUGGUUAUACCGGAGUAUGAGACUUUCAACGAAGAUCCCUAUGAAACGUUGAUAACAAACUUGGAUGAUGCAUUAUCAUCUAGUAGCACAGUAACAAAAGUGGUUUAUUCAAGAAAAUACUCGUUGAAAAUAAAGAAACUCAGAAAAUAUUCGAAAAUUGUGAAGAAAUACGGCAUAAGUGCUGUGGAUUCACAGUAUUAUAAUGGGUUGUUAACUGAAAUCAAGUCUGAUAUUGAUAGAACUGUGGAAGCUUCUGAAAAUUUAUCAGAAAUCUUCUCAGAUAUUUCAACCUACAUUGAAACACCCAGUUUCUUUCUACACACCUCUGACCCGUUUACAACUCUUCUCACAGAGUUAGAAGAACUCAUAAACACUGAAAUCAACGUUUUCCAAGCUCCAAAAUACUAUCCAAUCAUCAAGAAUCUAUUUGGUUAUAUUUCCCAAGUCAAACAAUUCGGUCUAAAAGUGUUGGAUAACUCAGAUUACUAUCAGGAUUUGAUGACUCUUCAAAAAAUGCUUUCACAGGAACCAAAGAACAAUGGUUUUGGGAAGUAUUCUACACUGAUUAUGCUGAUUUCUAAAGCUUUCGAUGAUACUUGUGGUGUUUUACCAGAUUCUGAGCUUCUUAUCAACUUGUUGUUUGAUGUGGAGAAUCAUAUCAGUGAAGAAACACACAUUACAAACCAUAACCAGUAUUUCACAACCAUUGGAAACCUUUAUGAUUUCUUAUUGGAUGUACACUUGUUUGGAACACAAGGAGUAAACAGGAAUCUGUACAGGAAUAUGGUUACCCAGGUUUCUAACGUGAUUUCAUCAGAUGCUAACAUACGAAACCAACACACUUACAUUGGUACGUUAUCUCGGGUAUCAACAUAUCUAACUUGUAGUUCUUUGUUCCCAUAUUCCACUGAGAAUUUCCGUAGUUUGAUGGGGAAACUUGAGGAACUAAUCAGUCGUGAACCGAAAUUAAUAUUCAGGUACAAGUAUCUCCCCAUAAUCUAUGACCUCUACAACUACAUCCCAGAUUUCCAGUAUCUUGGUACAGAGGGUACAAGGUCUGAACACUACCGGAACAUUCUGUCUGAGUUCAGAGCAUCCAUAGCUAUCGAACCCAACCUCCUUGACUCCGAUAUCUACUUUGAAGUAAUCGAGGAUAUAUUCGAGGAAAUUGAUCGGCCUUUCCAUUUCUCAAGAGAGGUUAAACCGUUCAUGAAGUUGAUUGGGGAAAUGGAGAAAGUUAUCGAACUAGAACCUGACCUGGUGAACACUAUUUACUACAGGAAACAUCUACUGAAGCUGAGACACUACAUCUCACAUCGACACGCCGUCAAAAACCUCGACUUGGAACUGGAUUACAUCAGUGUGAUUGUUGAUGAUGUUGUCAAAGUGAUGUCAACUGAACCUAAAGUGUUGGAUCAGACAACUUUUGAUCGUCUUGUGUUUAGGCUACGCAAACAUGUGAAAGUCAGUAAGAAAUCACGUCUAGCCAUACCUCUGGACUCUGCAGACACUGCAACAAUUGAAGAGAUUGAGGAGUUUGUUUUGAAAACUACCACCAACACACUACCUGACAGCUUCUUGGAGGACGAUCGACUAGCUAUGGAGCUGGGGCUAUCUGCUACAAAACCAGAUCCCAAUCUAGAAACUGUUGAUAAUGUGGAUCCGUUUUUGAGUGAUAUCUCCGGGUUGUCUCCAAAUUCAGAACGUUCGAAACUGUUAGCUAUGAUUAAAACACUGUCCAAACCUGGAGCAGUAUCGUCACCCGAUGUACUGCUGAAACUCACCGAUUAUUACAGGAGUAAGUUUGGGGAGCUGGAUGGGGUAGUGGGUGAUAAUCUGUUGAGUUUUGGGGAACCAAAUUUGAUUUUGGAUGAUGAUUUCGGAGGUAGUUUCGGUGGGACUCCAAUGUAUGGUGGUUUGGGAGGAAACCCAAUGGGUUUAGGGGGAACCCCGAUGAGCCUAGGGGCAAACUUCCCCAUGGAAGACCCCAGUUUCCUGUUCAACAACCCGGUCAUCAUCCAACCUGUACCGGUGUUUGUUUCGGGACCUCUUCCGGGUGAACCCACCCCUGAGAUUGACCCGACCAGUUUCCUGAGCGUGAUGGGGGAUGAAACCAUUGCCAAGCUGAUCCCUCCCAACGACAACUGGGAAAGCUACACCCUGCACAUCGAGGGCAUCGAUACCCUCGAACAGCUGGAGGCUCUGAAGGCAGCAGUGGAGAGGAAUGGUCUGCUGAUCGCAGGCUUGGACACAAUGGCUGUUGAGGCUCCUCCCACUGAAGCCGAAAACUUCGACGGAUAUAUGGGGCUGGACGAGGUGGCUGCCAUGUAUGCUGAGAUGACGGCCAAAGUGGAAUUAGUGGAGGAGAUUCUCGACACAGAAUAUGAAUUGGUGUCUGAUCUGCAAAUCGAAAAUGAGAUCACCGAUCUAGAGGAAGCAACUGCAUUCAUUGAACAGGAAGUUAUAGCGCUACCUCCACACCUGAGGCCUCUCGUCGAGCCUAUGGUUUUGAGAAAGUCGACACACUUCAUUUCUAUGAAUACUGUGUUUGGAGGAGGAAGAGAUGUGAUACCUCUAUUGGGCGAUAGAUUCAUGUCGGUUUUUGGAGAAUAUGUCGUGUACUACGAUUAGAAGAGUGUACUGGCAAUAUUAGGAUUGGAAACUGAAUCUACAUUGGGUAAUGGAAACCUGUUAGUCAGGCGUAAAGAACUUUGAAGACGUCUCGAAAACAUCGCUUGAAAAUAGUCCACCACCUCAUUAUCUAUCAAUUCAAUUGCAUUUUCAGGGUGGAAUUAUAAGCUUGAUUAGAAAACAAAAAAAUGUAAAUAAAUGUAUAAAUUAUUGCA